AUGUUUUACGAACUCAACUCAUGGGACCCCGCGGGAACGACUCCAUGGAAGCGCGACACAGCCGAAGGCGAGCUCAGUGGAACGUUUUACGGUGACAUGCUCAUCCUUGCCAAGAUCACGCGCCUCAUGGACCCCAAUGCCGAGCUUCACCACGAUAAUGAUAACAAAAACAAGAGGAGUCUGGCUUCUCGCGCUGAUGUUGUUGAUUACCUGGUUCCCUAUGGUUACGCACGAGUCUUCCAUCCUCAGAUCGCUUUGCAUAAAAAGAUUGCAAGUUUGGUUGCUUUGCAGAUGUUCAUGGAACAUGACUCUCAAAGAGGUUAUGCUGAAUGGACUGAUUUGAACAAGAACACGUAUUGUCCCUUAGAGCCAGAGGAGCCCGAGCCGCCAAAAGAGACGCCUGUCAGAACAAAGAAGUGGUCGAGAAUGGACUCCGUCUAUACGAAAGACUGCGAAAGAAAAGAUUCCAGAAAGUCUAGAACAGUCUGGGGUUAUGAGCUAAACAAAUGUUAUGACUUUAGGGAGAUGCCUGAUACAGACUGUCGGGAGUACAUUGGAACGAAAGAACAAGGAGGAUGCUCGGGGGGUUUAUCCCCGCAUAGUGUCCUUGUUCCGGACGAGGGAUACAACUGUAUCUUUUACUUCGGUGGUGAUUGCACGCGUCCGUUUGAUCGUACGUCGGAUCACACUUGUAUGUCGACAAAUACGGGCGACGGCUGGGUGUCUAAUCAAAUAGGGUCAUUCAGAUGUUUGGAAGAGAAGAAAUAA